UUUGGGUUUGUGGGCAGGUGUUGUUAUGCAAGCAACCCUAAAUUAAACGGAACUCUCCAGUUGUUGAUUCGGCCGCCCCUGUCGUUCCUUCGAACGCCUUCCAGUGUUCAGACAGUUCUAGGGUUUCGCUUCCCCCCGCACGCGCCCACCGCCGUAAUCCGGACCCCGGCCGACGAAUUCUCCCAUGGACUCCGGCGGCGAAAGGUUUCCUGGCGGAGGCGCCGCCGGCGGGUUCCACCGCGGCGAGGCGAUUGCCGCAGUCCAGGAUGAGGAACAGUUUUACGGGGACGAGGACGACUUCGACGACCUAUACAGCGACGUUAACGUCGGUGAGGGCUUCCUUCAAUCCUCCCGCCGGAGCGACGAGCCUGCGCCGGACGCGGUCUUGGCCGAAACUCCUCUGCCUCCUCCACCACCCCUCCCGCCGUCGGCGCCGUUGCCGGAGAAGGUCCAUCUCCCUGGGAUCACCGGGGAGAUAAAGAUGGAGAGAUCCGCUGGUGUUUCUGUUCAAGAGUUUCGGGGAGGAGCUGGCGAAACGGCUGCUGUGGUGCCGCUGCCAAUUCCUGGUGGUGUUAGAGCUGACUUAGGGCAGACUUCUGGACGGACUGGCGAGAUACAAGCCCAAACUGGAGGCGGUGGUUACUCUAACGAGGGUCUUCACGGGCAAGGUGGUGGUUUUGGAGGUGAAAUGAGGCAAGGAGGAGCGAACACUAAUGGUGGUGGUGUGGGGGAAGGGGACUUUGGAGGUAGUACUCUCUUUGUGGGGGAGCUCCACUGGUGGACUACGGACGCCGAUCUUUUGGCAGAAUUGAGCAAGUAUGGUCAGGUGAAAGAGAUCAAGUUCUUUGAUGAGAAGGCCAGCGGGAAAUCGAAGGGUUACUGCCAGGUGGAUUUCUAUGAUCCGAUGGCUGCUGCGUCUUGUAAGGAGGGGAUGAAUGGUCAUAUGUUCAAUGGUAGACCCUGUGUCGUGGCAUUUGCUACACCUGCCACGGUUCGACGGAUGGGCGAGGCACAACUCAAGAACCAAAAUUUGGCAGCACAGCAGUCUGGUGGCCCUCCACAGAAGGGCAGGGGCAGUCAGCAGAUGGGUGGGAAUUAUGGAAGGAGUGGUGGCGGCGGCGGCGGCAGCGGCGGCAGUGGAAGUGGUGGUUGGGGGAGGGGUGGUAUGGGGAACAGAGGACAGUUGAGGAACCGGAUGGGACAAAUGGGUGCCGGCGGCAGUCGCAGUAUUAUGGGAAAUGGUGGCAUGGUUGGCCCGCCUCCUCCAGUGAUGCAUCCUGGUGCAAUGAUGGGCCAGGGCUUUGAUCCAACUGGUUAUGGUGCUGCUAUGGGUAGAAUGGGGGGUGCUUAUGGAGGGUUCCCUGCAGGGCCUGGUGUUGCUGCUGCUGCUCCAUUCCCUGGAUUGAUGCCUUCAUUCCCUCCUGUUGUUGCUCCUCACAUGAAUCCUGCUUUCUUUGGAAGAGGAGGGAUGCUAGCCGGUGGUGUUGGGAUGUGGCCUGAUCUCAGUAUGGGUGCUAGGGUAGGUGAAGAGCAGUCGAGUUACAGGGAUGAUGGAGCAUCGGAACAGCAGUAUGGCGAAGUAAGCCAUGGAAAGGACAAGGCUUCUGACAGGGAUCUACCGGGAGCUUCUGAUAGGAGGCACGAAUGGGAGGAGGAGAUGGGCCAUGGGCAGGAGCGGCCAGAGAGGCAUUAUGAUGAUAGAGACUUGGUUAGGGAAAGGGAUCGGGAUCGGGAUCGGGACAGGGAGAGGGAGAGGGAGAGGGAGAGAGAGAAGGACAGGGAUAGGGUUCGGGAUUGGGAGAGGGAGAGGGAGAGGGAGAGGGAGAGGGGCAGGGAGCGGGAACGAGACCGAGGGAGGGAAAGAGAAAGGGAGAGAGACAGGGAGAGGGAAAGAGAGAAGGACAGGUAUCGAGAUGAUCGGGAUCGACAUGGUGAUCAUCAUAGGCAUAGGGAUCGUGAGUCCGAGCGUGGUGAUGACCGGGAUAGAGGAAGAUUAUCGAGGCCAAGGAGCAAGUCUCGAGAGAUUGAGCAUUCAAAGAAACGGCGUCUUACACCUGCAUAACAUGAGUUGUUGGCAGCUUGGUUGGGUAUGAAUAUACCAAGCUUUAGACAUGCAUGCCCAUCAUCUUGAAUCUGGGAGAAGCAUGUCUGGCUUGGUUCCUCAUUGAUGUUGUUGUAGGACUUGUAACUUAUCUGAUGAUGUUAGCAGGGUCCUGUUGUAGUCAUUGUUCUUGAGACUAGAGAUGUAUGUUAUCUUAUCACUGAUGUUUUAUUUCAAGUAUUUUAGCUUCUUUAAAGUUUGCUUCUUGACA